AUGGCGGGGAAGCCAGUCCUUCACUACUUAGAGCUCAGGGGAAGAAUGGAGGCUAUCCGAUGGCUCUUGGCUGCAGCUGGAGUAGAGUUUGAAGAACGAUUUCUGACAACUCGGGAUGACCUGGCAAGGUUAAGAAAUGAUGGGAGUCUGAUGUUCCAGCAAGUGCCCAUGGUGGAGAUUGACGGGAUGAAGCUGGUGCAGACCAGAGCCAUUCUCAACUACAUUGCCUCCAAAUACAGCCUCUAUGGGAAGGACAUGAAGGAGAGAGCCCUCAUUGACAUGUAUUCAGAAGGUAUGGCGGAUCUGGAUGAAAUCGUUCUUUUUUACCCUUACAUUCCCUCUGAGGAGAAACAGGCAAGACUUGCAACAAUCAAGGACAAAGCACGGAACCGAUACUUCCCUGCUUAUGAAAAGGUGUUGAAGAGCCAUGGACAAGAUUAUCUCGUUGGCAACAGGCUGAGCAAGGCGGAUAUUUACGUGGUUCAAAUGCUCUACCAUGUGGAAGAGCUCGACACCAGCGUUAUGGACAGCUUCCCUCUGCUGAAGGCACUGAGAACCAGAGUCAGCAACCUCCCCACAGUGAAGAAGUUUCUUGAGCCUGGCAGCCAGAGGAAGCCUUUUGAUGAUGCCAAAUGUGUAGAAACUUCAGAUAAGGUUUUCAGUUAA